UUUUCAUUUAAUUUUCAUUUUUAUAAUAAACAUGGCAACAGUUAUUGUGGAACAAAAUAAUAUUUUACAACACCGGGACGUAGAUAAUAAUGACGAGUUAGUUAUUAAUGAUAAUAAUAAAGAGAAUUUAAUGAAUGAAAUUAUAAAAACAUCUUGUGAUAAUAUUAAACAUAAUAAUCAAUCCAAAAAUGAUAGUUUGGAAAAAGUUAUUAAAGAAAUGAAUUCUGAAAUUAUAGCUGACUGUGAUAAUGUAGAUAAUAAUGUUAAAAAUAUCUUAGAUUCAGAUAAUACAAAUGAUAAAGCUAUUUUAUUGGAAAGUAAUGAACAAAUUCAGGUAGUUAAAUCAUCGUCGAAGAAAUAUUCAGCUGUUAUAGACAGUGAUUCAGAAGACAGUGAUAUUGGUAUUUCUUCAUCACGAAGGAUUAAAAAUGUUAUUGAUGAUGAUGACACAGAAUCUGUUAUUUCUAAUGUUAGUUCAGAAAAGAAUGUUAUUAAAAAGAAGAAAAAUAAGACAUUAGUAAUUGAUGAUGAUGAUGAUGAUGAGAAUGAGAAUGAUUCUAUUAGUGCAUCUCAAAAUUUAGUAGAAAAAGAAGAAAGUUCCAACAAGGUAAUAAAAAGAUUUGAGACACUGGUUGAUAGUGAGUCAGAUGAAGAUGAAAUUCAACCAUCAACAUUUGUCGAAAGUGAUGACAGAUUUAUAGAAUUAAAAGAAGCAAAUAAAAGUGUGACCAAGUCAACGAGUAAGAAGGAAAGCAAUAGAAGAGGUUCAAUCAGAGCUUCUAAAAAUGAAGCAAUGAAACAAAUUCAUAGUGAAACACAACGAUUAAUUAGAGAAACUGAAAUAUCUUUACCAUAUCAUAGACCAAAACCACGAACAUUGCAGGAAUUUUUAAAUAGAAAAAAAGUAUCAGUAACUCUUCCCAAUGCACCUACGACUGCUACUAAACUCAAAAUGUCUCCUGCUAUUGUAAGCAAAGUACUCGAAGAUAAAGAAAAAGAAGCAGAAGAAUUUUACAAAUCUUCUGACUCGGAAGAAGAAAUAGAAAAAGUAGAAAAUCCUAUUUCUGAACCUACGAUCAAAGAUGCUAGUACAUCUUUAGUUGAGAAUGGAAUGACACUUUCAAAUGAUGUUGAUUGUAUUUUAAAUGAAAAUGUUGAAAAGGUAAUGACCAAUGGUAUGGAGAGUUCUUCCAUUGACAAAGAUAUUUCACAUUGCGAAUCUACUGUAAACAAUAUUUCCGAAGAAUCAUUUAUUAAUAAUAAUGAGGUAAAAGAUACAGCAGAUUUAAGUAAUAAAAUAGAAACAACUGAUCUUGAUUUAUUAAACAAUGUUAUUCAUGAUCAUAAUGAAAAUAGUGAAACAAUUGUACAAGAAAUAAUAGAUAAGUUAAUGAAUCUAGUGGAAUGUGAAAUAAAAAAACACGAAGAAGAUAUAUCAGAAGAAAAUAUAGUAUUGGAAAAGACAAAUGAAAUUUGUUUAGAGGAAAAAGAAAAUGAAUUAUUGGAAACAAGUGAUACAAAUAUUUCAUUGUACGAAGAUAACAAUGAUAAACUGCAAGAUCAAGUUAGCGAUAAUAAUGGAGAUAUAGAAACGUCUGUGUUAGAAAAUUCAAUAGAAAAAACAGCUGAAUAUGUACAAGGUUUACCAUUACCAGAUUUUGUCGUGGAAGAAGAAAAAAGUACUAGAAAACAAUUACUAUUAGAUAUAAAGAAAAAUGUAGAGCCACGUUUAAAAGGUUCACCAGGUAUGAUAAUUGAUUUAUCGCGGAAUGUGAAACCAAACAAGAAAGGUGUAGAAAGUUUAAUUAACAGAUUCUUUGUCAAACAUACCUCGAGCGAUAAAAAUGUAGAAGAAACAACGGAAAUAAAUGUUCUUCACAUAGAAAAUACUACUGAUGGAUUAAAAGCAGUUAAACGUUCGCUUUUAUAUAAAAAGCCAAUUAUUGAAAAGGAAGAUCCAGAAUUAUCUAAGCCUGGAGCUAAAUUGAAACGUCUGAAGGAAGAUUUGAAACUUAAAAUGGCUAUGAAACGUAACGAAGAAUGGAAACAAAAGGAACAAGAGGAAAAAGAUAAUAAUGAAUUGGAAGAGGAUGAUGUAGAUAUGGAUGAUGAGAUUGAGGAAAAGGUAUUGGAUGAAUCUAGCACAAGUGGAGAAAGUGAACCAGAAGAGAACGAUAUACCAAUGGUAGAUAAAGUAUACAAGCCUUCGUGUGCAUUUGUGGACGAUGAAGCUAUGGAAAGUGAAAUUGAAGAUGAUGAUAAUGAAGUGGACGAGAAGAAAGAAGAAAAUGAAGAAAAAGAAGAGGAAGAAGAAGAAGAGGAAGAGGAGGAAGAGGAGGAAGAAGAAGAAGAAGAAAAGGAAGAGGAAGAGGAGGAAGAGGAAGAAGAGGAGGAGAACAACGAUGAUAAUGAAGAUGCAAAUGAUGAAAGUAUCGACAUUAAAAAGAAAUGGAAACCCAAGAGAAUAAUAAAAGCUUUUGAAGAUGAUUCUAAUUUGUCGUCGUCAAAAACUUCAAUGGAUGAAACUGAGAUUAAUGAAACGAAGAAAACAACUUUUAGAAGAAAUAAAACUGACGAGGAUAUGUUUGAAACGAUUGAUGACAAUUGUCAAAGUCAAUGGAACAGCGACGAAGAUAGUUAUGCUGCAAUGUUUUCAAAAAACAAUCAACAAUCAGAUUUAACGCAAAUAUGUAAGACGCCAUUGAUUAAAACAAAUGUACUUGAUUUUGUGUCUCCAAUUACGCAAUUAACAAUAUUACAUGCAAAUUCAAAUUCUUCUAAAACGAAUUCAGUUAAGAAAGAGUUUGUAUUUGGUAAUGAUAUCGAAUCGUUCUCUCAAACGCCAUUCGAUACAUCUAAAAAUCGUUUUAGUAUGGACAAACGAUUAGGACCACAAAAAAAACUUUUCGAUGAUUAUAACGAAGUAGCUAACGACGAUGAUCUCAUGCAAUUAUGUUCAGGAGCAUUUCCAUCUUUGCCGAUGAUCAAAUCAAAUCAAAUAUCACCGGAGCAAUCAUCUUCAUUGACAAUGAAUGAAUUCAACAAAGAUAUGUCAGUUAUAAAAAAAUCAGAUAAAAGUGCAUUGUUUGAGAAUGAAAAUUCUCAAGACAUAACGCUCUUUUUGGAAGAAAAUUCUGUUUCACCUAACGAUAAAGAUAAUGAUAAUUCACCUAAUAAUAAAAAUAAUGAAAAAGAAGAAAAUUUGAGAAACUUCGAACCUACGUGGACUAAAUUAUCGGUCGUAUUAUCGUCUGACAGCGAAGAUGAUUCUAAUCACAAAGAUAAAAUUAAAGUUACGAAAAAACAUCCUAAAAAAUUAGAAUUAUCCGAUGACGACGACGAUGACGAAAAGGAAGAUGAUGACAAUGUACAAUCGGAUGAGGAAAAAGAUAAAGACGAUUACGUUGAUUACGAUUCCGAAGAAAAUGAAGUUGUUCUACCGAAAAAGAGCAAAAAUAAAAUCGCUGCUGACUUUUUCGAAGAAGAAGCCGAGUUGAGCGAAAGUGAUUGGGAUUCUGCAGACGAGGAUGAACAAGAUUUGGAUAAAUUGGAAAUAGAGGAAGGAGAUGAGGAUGAUAUCGAUGAAAGUAAAGUGCAUAAUCAAUUGGAAAAAAUUCAUAUGAAACAAAUGUUAGAUCAGGAUCAAAGGGAGGUCAGAAUGUUACAAGAAAUAUUAUUCGAGGAUGGUGAUUUGUAUACCGAGGGUAGCGGACGAGAAAGAAAAUUCAAAUGGAAAAAUAUAGAUAAACUUGGGGAUAAUAACGAUGCUUCUAAUGUCGAUGACACGGAUGCCGGAUUUGAUGCUCAAGAAAAUGAAAAUGAAUUAGAAUGGUGUAAACUUCGUCACGAAAGAGAUAAAUUUAUUGAAGAAAAAAAGAAAGCAGUAGACGAAGAAAUCGAAGAGGAUUUGGAAAAAAGUGAAAUAUUUAAUUUUGGCGUGAAAUUAUUGAAAAAGAAAAAUGAAUCUAAACAAUCGGAGAAAGAAGAUACUUUAGAAAAUAAUAUGCCUAUGAUAGAACCGAUAAUGCCACGUAAUUUGACCGAUUUAUUGAAUUCACCUGCAUUGGGAGGAAGAAGAAACGUAAUUAAAACAAUUAUGAAAAAACGUUCGUUGUUAUCACGAGGAGAAGAGGAAUUGGAUCGUCUAGCUAAAAGAGUAAAACUGAACGAUACGAUCAAUUUGGCGCCAAUGAAUACUACGAACUUUGUGUUCGCGCAUGUAACUCCGUCCACAAAGACAACCGAUGACGAAGAAAACGAAAAUAUCCGCGAAAAAAAUGAAAACGAGUCGACGUCGAAUGAGAAAACGUUCCAACGUAGAAAGAGGAAGGCGUUGGCGUCGGACUCGGCGUCGGGUAGUACAACGACGCCUAAAAGAACAAUGAAGCAACAAGAAGGGAUGGAUAAGAAAAGAAAGAAAAUAUUUUAAUAUAAAUACUAUAAUAUA